GCGCGAAGCUAUUUAUGACGUCGUGGCUAUUUCCUCUUGGUGGGAAAUGUGUCUUCUUCGUCUUCCUCUGUGAACCCAAAACACCAGCACCCGGAGCAACAGACGGACACAGAUCCCAAGAAGUUUUUCCAACAGUGAAGUGAAUCUCUGCAGCCUCAACAAUGACUUCUCUGCUGUUACUUGCUCUGCUGUCUGUCUGCUGGGCUGAUUCCCAUUUUAACCUGAACUCCACAGAGUCCAAGUACUUCAGAACGAUCUAUGUUGCAGAUAGUGAAUCACGGCUGGGCAUAAAGAUAGAUCAACCUAAAGUUAUCUCAUAUCGGGGCAGCAACGCCACUCUGCCCUGCAAGUUCUACUACAAGCCGGUUCCUGUUCGCGGAUUUUUCGGUCCUUUCAAGGUCAGGAUCAAGUGGACCAAACUCACCUCAGAUUACCUCAAGGAAAUUGAUGUCUUUGUUUCAUUGGGAAACAACUGGAAAAGUUUUGGAAAUUACGAGGGAAGAGUUUUCCUGAAUGACGAUGAUGAGAAUGAUGCUUCUAUAACAAUUACAGAUUUAACUCUGGAGGACUACGGCAAAUACAAAUGUGAAAUCAUUGAGGGGCUCGAUGAUGUCACUGGGACCGUACUGCUGGAUCUCCAAGGGGUGAUAUUCCCGUACUUCCCACGACUAGGUCGCUAUAAUCUGAACUUUAUUGAGGCUCAGAAGGCAUGUCAAGAUCAAGAUGCGAUAAUUGCUUCAUUUGAUCAACUUUAUGAUGCGUGGAGAGGAGGGCUGGACUGGUGUAAUGCAGGUUGGCUGAAUGAUGGGUCUGUACAGUACCCCAUCACCAAACCCAGGGAGCCAUGCGGAGGGCAAAACACGGUGCCAGGUAUCCGCAGCUAUGGAUACAGAGACAAGAUGAAGAACAAGUAUGAUGUGUUCUGCUUUACAUCCAACUUCAAUGGUCGAUUCUACUAUCUGAUUUACCGACGAAAGCUCACCUAUGGCGAAGCGGUGCAGGCCUGCAUCAGGGAUGGAUCGAAGAUCGCUAAAGUUGGCCAAAUGUACGCUGCCUGGAAAUUGCUUGGUUACGACCGCUGUGAUGCAGGUUGGCUGGCGGAUGGCAGUGUCCGCUACCCAAUCUCUAGACCCAGGCGUCGGUGCAGUGAAACUGAGGCAGCAGUGCGUUUUGUUGGCUUCCCCAAUAAAAAGCACCAGUUAUAUGGUGUUUACUGCUUCAGAAGCAACUGAUAAUUCGUGUUAAAGCUUAGUCGGAGAUGAGUAUUAUUUUACUUCUGCACAUGUGAAAGAUGUACUUUCAAUAAUAUGAACUCAUAUUACCAAAACUGUGAUUAAAAAAAAGAUUUUUUCUUACUGUACAAUGCCAUUUUCAUGCAAACCAAAACAUUUUUUCUUUGUUGUAAUGUAACAUACAAUCAUUAAAUAUUGAAAAUAAUAUAAUUUUAUAGGAAGUUGUACCAAGAUUUAGCACCAAUUUGCUUUAUGUUUAAGUAGCAUUUAGCAAAAGCUACCCUAAACACUGUCUGACUGUGCCUAAAGGAUUGAAUAUUCAGGAUCGAGUGGGCAUGCCAAAGCUGGACAUUAAGUAUUGUAAUAUCAUUCGUAACAAGCAUUUCUCAGGCAAUAUUUUAAUUUUUUUGUGAAAAUUUUCAGGAUUCAUCUUGCUUUGUAAGCUCUUUAAUAUUUGGUGCAUUUCUGGUGAUUCAAGAACAUGGAGAGAGAUGAUGCAAUACUAUUUUCUCCACAAGAAACUAUUAGCUUGUCCAAAAUUUAACCCUUUGAUCAGCCUGCCAUUGAUGUUGUGUGCUUUGACAAAACCAUUGAUAUCUAGAACUGUUUCAUGUUGCAGUUAAUGAAUUUACCAGCAAAAUUUUUAUUGUUAAACCUUAAUGCAUGGUGCAAACUCCCCCUACACCCCGGGCAAAUAAUUGAAUUUAUCGCGCUGAAUGAUGAAUUGUCCGAGAAACGCAGUAGCUUUUUUCUGCCUUCUUCAUAUCAUUCCGCUGAAGGUCACCUGUGUUUCUUUAAACAGAGGACAAGCUGCCUUUGAAGGGGCAUACUCUGUGAGUGUCAGUGAGUGUGUUACAUCAUGAAACAGUAUUCAAGUACUGUUACCCACCCUUUCCAGGUCGGGCUAUGCACACAUUCCUCCAGUAAAGAUAAAUACAUCAAAUAAAGGACAAGUUCUGUCAGUUU